GCCGACUACUGCACCAUUCACUCAUCCUACAGGGACAAAUCCCGAGGAGAUGCAUCCCGAGGGGCUCGACCCCAGCAGGACACAGCUCCGGGGCACUGCAGCGCCCUGGCUCGGCUGGCUCAGGCUGUCCCCAGCCGGCUGCCACCUCUGUCCCACCCUCCCCAACGGGAGGAGGGGGCUGGCAGCCCGCGGAGCGCGGUGGGAGAGGCGGUGAAGCACCGGAGUGCGGGAGGCAGCGCCGCUGAGAGGGAAGAUGAGCUCUGACAACAGGACCUCUCCCACGCCACCUCUCCUUGGGCUCCUGGAGCCGGUGCCACCCAGUGCCACCUUCCCUGAGGGCACAGACUGGCUGCCCACCAUCGUGGGGCUCAUCUGCAUCUUCCUGGUGCUGGCCACGCUGCUGACCCUUGUCACCCUCUGCCACCUUCGGGCGCUGGGCUGCUCCCCCUGGGGUCCCCACGAGUGGCUGCCCCAGCACCCCGUGGAUGCCAGCCAGCCCCAGCUGAGGCUCUGGAAGCGCCUGGGCUCCUUGAGGAGCUCCAUCAGCAGCUUCAGGAGGAGUCAGAUGGUGUCUCAGAGCACCCUGGCCUGUCCCAGAAGCUUCCCCAGCAGCCAGGACUGGGACAUCAUGGAGUCCACCAAAAUGUGAUCCUGCCCUGCUCCUCCUUCCCAAGCUUUGGCUCCCUUCUCAAGCAUCCUGAAUAGAGACCCUUGGAGCAGCUCAUUUCCAGGCUCUGUGGCAGGAGAUUUUGCAAUGCCAGGUUCCCAAAUGCUUUCCAGGUUACUGCUUCCUGCCAGGGAAGGUGGAGGCAUCCAAACUACACCCACACACAGCUACCACUGGGCAGUCCAAAAAAAUCCUGCUGCUUCAUUUCUUUUGGAAAAUAUUGUUGUUGAAAACAAUGCAACAUGUAUUCCAUUACCAUCUGUAUGGCAGAUUACCUUUGUCAAGUGAGCAGUUUGCCUUAUCUCUCUCUUUGAGUGACCACAAUCACACCUCCCUGGGGAGGGGACAUUGCUGAUAACAGCUAUUGAAUGUCUCUGCAUGACUGAUAAGAACUAUAACAUCCCAUUGGGAGAUGCUCCGCCCAGGGGGAGGAGCCAAGCAUUGCUACCCAGAUAUAAUCCAGAGGUUUUGAGACACCAGCACUCCACAGGAUUCCCCAGAGGAACAGCAGCUGCCUCUCCUUCCACUGGAUCUUCAGAGGAAGAAUACAUCCUUCUCUACAGGACCCCCCUGCUCCAACAGAACCACCCCUGACACUGCAGGAGGGCUGCAGCCACAUUUCCAAUUGGACUGCUACCAACACCCUGACCCACAGGGUGUCAGGUUGGGUUCUGACUCUGGCAGUGUUGUUCUAGUGUACUGCAUUGUUUAUUUUAUCCUUUUAUAUUUUUUUCUUUUCCCUAUUAAAGAACUGUUAUUUCCUGCUCCCAUAUUUUUGCCUGAGAGCCCCCUUAAUUUAAAAUUCAUAGCAAUUGAGAGGGCUGGGGAGGGUUUACAUUCUCCAUUUCAGGGGAGGCUCCUGCCUUCCUUAGCAGGCUCCUGCCUUUCCAAACCAAGACAAUUGUGCAAGUUGUGCUGCACCUGAACAAACAGCCUGGAAGAGACUGGGAGCAACGUGGCUACCUGAAGAGAGGCAGCCCAGGGCAAGCCUGCUCCACAGAAAGGAAUUCCCAGUGGAGUUACCCUCUGGAGCAGGUGGAGGAAUGCUCGUGCCCCCACGUGCUGCCUGGUCCCUGUCGCCCCCCUCCAUGCUGGUUGAGCUCUGGGUUGCUGUGUUCAAUGCAUUCCCAUUUCUCCUCUCUGGCCCUGCUCUGCCUGGUUCUGGGAGAAAGGGAUGGGGAAACAUUCAGAAACUCUCUCCUGCUGCCCCGGGGAUGUGGGGAUGCACUGAAGGGAGAGACCUGUACAAAUAGUUCACGCUGAAGGUGCAAAUUAAACUGAAGCUGGGUGAUGGCU